GUACAUCAAAGUCGCGCCGAUCUUUCCCGGUUAUGAGUAUGUGACAUUGACAGAAAGACAGCAUCGAUGCGGGGGCAAAGAAAUAUGAUUGCGGCUGUCUUACUGCUGUGUGCUGUCAAGCUUGACUGCUCUAAUGGCGUUGCAGCGCAGCAUCAAGCCUGUGUACCUAGUCAAGAGGUGGCAUGUUUUGAGCCAGCUGACUAUCUGAAUGCAUCUGGCUCUGUCAGCAUUGAGGUAUAUUUCGGUAAGACACUCAACAUCUCCCUGGAGCACUUCUCUGAACAAACUGUCUGCCAAUGGAUCAGAGGCGUAAACCCAGUAAAGACAGUAAACGGGAGUCAAUUCAUGAUCCUACCACGGCUUACCGAGACAGAUUCGGGGGAGUACACGCUGAGAUGUGAAACUAGUGACGGGAGCAGGUCCUCAAUGACCGUGUCUCUGCAUGUAGCAAUGAAACGUCCAACAAAACCAAAGCUGACGCUGGACAAACCAAAUGAUCGAUGGAGUUCCCCUAUGUUCACAUGCACGUCUGAGGGCCUCCCGAUGCCCACAUAUGAAUGGACUGGAGACGUUAAUGGGAAAGCUGUUUCCACAAGCAGUGGAAGGACGGCGAGCACAAUAUCCAGCAGUAAAUAUUCUAAAAGAGGGGUGAUGUGCUGUGCUACUAAUGCUGAAGGACAGGAAUGCUCCCAACUUUAUGACUAUGACAUGGACAGUGACUACAUGCAAAAUGAUGAGGUUUAUAAGUUGAUUGUGAGCCCUGGUCAGCCUCUACUUCUUCGCUGCCGAAAACAAGAGGACGUGGAAACGCAACUUGUAUGGGAGACUGACUACAGAAUACUAGAUGCCGAAACAUUAGCAUGCCCUUCUAAAGUCAAAAAUGAGGUCUGCAUUAAAAAUGACUCUCAUGAAGAGAGCGCGAUGGCUUACCUGUUCAUCGAGUCAGUUGGUGUAGAUCACGGAGGCACGUACACCUGCAGGACUGAAAAUCAAAAAAACAAGUCUGUUGAAAUUCAUAUCCAAGCUGAGGGUUUCCUCUUCGUCCAGCUGGAUAAGACAAAGAUCUUACCAGCUCAGAACGCCUCCAGCUCCUGUUUGCAAGCCAGUGUUUCCUACCACCCUGUGCUCGAGAUCUGUUCCUGGGAAGCUCCUGAGAAAACUAUGACUAAAUGUGUCAGGGACACCUGGGUAACAAAACACAGCACUGUGAAGUUGUGUGACGUACUCAGAUCAGGCGAUUAUAAACUACACUUGGAGGCUGGAGGACGAAAGGAAACAAAGACUAUAUCAGUGUGUGUUGUAGACAAACCACAGUUCAAAUUCGGGAUUAAUAACGCAAAUAAUACCUUCACCUUCGAGACUGAGAGUCUUGUGCCAGCAAAUUAUACCUGGAUGACUUGUUCUUUGUCCAAUGAGAGUUGUGAAACAGACUUUUCCUGGAAGGAGGUCCCUGAUUCUUCUCAGUCAGACUCUGAUGUCCUCUGUAAGAAGACAAUCAGAAGCUCUUUGAGCAAAAAUCUAGUUGAAGGACACCAUUUAAGGUUUUGCCUGACAAACUCAGUCGGCUCCUGGUGCCAAACUCAGUACCUGUACUCUUUACCUCCUCCCGAAUACUCCAGAGGUGGUCCAGAAAAUGAUGACAGCAGCUUGAUGAUGCUGAAAGUGGGCAGUUUGAUCCUGCUUCUGGCUUUGACAGUAGUUAUUGUGGUGCUGUUGUACUUUGUCAAAAAGAGGAAACCCCAGUAUCAGCCCCAGCUUCAGAUAAUCCAGAUGGUUGGACCCAACGACAAUGAUUACAUCUACAUAAACUUCAAGGACUUUGAGUACAACAUGAAAUGGGAGUUUCCCCGUGAGAACCUGGAACUGGGUCAAGAACUGGGCUCUGGGGCUUUUGGCAUGGUGGUCCAGGCUACAGCUUAUGGCAUUAACAAGCCUGGAGUCUCACAGCAGGUGGCCGUCAAGAUGCUCAAAGAGAAACACCAGACAGUCGAAAAGGAGGCUCUGAUGUCGGAGUUGAAGAUGCUGACUCACAUCGGUCACCAUGCCAACAUUGUUAACCUGCUCGGGGCGUGCACAGAGUCAGGACCCAUAUACCUGAUUUUCCAGUACUGCUGUUAUGGAGAUCUGCUGAACUACCUGAAGACAAAAAGAGAGUGCUACCACAAGUCUGUGACCGAUGCUUUCAACAAAGACCGAUUCAGCAGCAUUUACCACAACCAGCCCAGGAAAAGCUCUGGUGAGCUUGACAAAGCAGUGGACAAUUACGUGCCCAUGCACAGCUCCACCACCAGAGGGCAGGAGGACAUCGCCCUCCUCAACAUCUACUCUGGAGACAUGGACGGCUUUGAAGACCCAGCGAUCUACGAAGACCCAGACGAUCAGACAGAGGACCUGCAAACCCUGACCUUUGAUGACCUGCUCAGCUUUGCCUACCAAGUGGCCAAAGGCAUGGAGUUCCUCUCCUCCAAGAACUGUAUCCACCGAGACCUGGCAGCUCGAAACGUCUUAGUGACAAAGGGCAGACUGGUGAAGAUCGGUGACUUUGGACUGGCCCGGGACAUCGACAAUGACUCAAACUACGUUGUGAGAGGAAAUGUGCGUUUGCCAGUGAAGUGGAUGGCACCAGAGAGCACCUUUCAGGGGAUCUACACCAUGAAGAGUGACGUCUGGGCUUAUGGCAUUCUGCUCUGGGAGAUCUUCUCACUUGGUGUUACUCCGUACCCGGGCAUGAAGGUGGAUCACACGUUCUAUUCAAUGAUUGAGAGAGGAUUUAAGAUGGAGUGUCCGUACUACGCCAGUGAGGCUGUGUAUGGGAUGAUGUGUAAGUGUUGGGCUCUGGAUCCCUGCAGCCGACCAUCUUUCUCCAAACUGGUGUCUUUCAUGUGUGAUCAGCUGACAGACAGAGAGGAGAAGCUCUACCAAAACAUGCUUGAUCAAACAUCCAGCGACUAUCAGAAUGCACCAGCCGUUUUGGACAUUUCCGCCUUGACAAAGCAGAACGAGAACAAGACGCAGUCAGCCAAUGAUUACUGUCGAACCCAUACUACUGAUGAAAGCAAAGCAGAGGUGUCCAACUCAGAUGCUGUAGCAGACGAGGAGAAGCUCGUGAAGCCAUCUAAGGCAGAGUGAUCAUCAAUUAAUGUAAAUAUUCAAACCCAUUUAUCUACAUCUAUAAUAAGAGUUAAGAUUUUUUCAUCAUAAUUAUCUCGAGAGUGACAGUAGAAUGCACUUGCUUUAUAUUCUGUUUGAAUAUUAUGCAUAUGGAUUUCAAAUGAAUUAUAUGUUCUGUAAAACUGUGAUUUAACUGUAAAUACUGAUUUUGUAACUUUUUUUUGUGCAGCUAAAAAUACAUUUAAAAAUCCCUAAAUGGAUCCUAAAUAUUCUCAGGACUUAAGAAUAUGGAGUUGAACUUUUUUCCUUUUUUCUUGCAUUAGGCCCACAUAUUGUAGCAACUUAUCAAAUUUUGGUUUUAGGUUUUAUCUUGUACAUAUCAUAAAUAUAUUAUUAUGCUUUGAAAAAUUACAGUUAUUUUUCCAUUGUGGUCUCUUAUGUUAUGUCGGCAUUAUUAAACCAAAUUUUUGUACACAUUUCUAUAUUUUUUCAAAACAAGCCUUCAUAUUUUAAAUAUUUUAGAGGAUUUUGUAUUAGGUUUCUUUGUUUGUGUUUGUUUCAGCAUUAUGCCUGCAAUAAAAUGUACUUUACACAGAGAAACAGUGUAGGUCAGCUGUAUGUGUCUGAUUUGUCAAAAGUUCAGUCAAAAAGGGACUUUUUGUAGCGGUUUACUGUGAUUUUACACCGGCCCAAGAGCAAGCCCACUAGACAAGGGGAAAAAAGGAUUUAUUGUUGAGUUUUGCUGGUGGAUGAAGCAGGCAGAUCACAGUGAAGCUAAGGCUGGUGGUGAGAGGCUGGAGUGAAAACUGUGUGGCUUACGGCACUAAAGGAGCUGUGGUUGGAGCCACCGGCGGUGAUAGGCUCUGCGGCGUGCGGCCAAGGCGCUGGAGCUCCGUGAAAUGAGGGACACUGAGGAGCAGAAACAAUCUGGCAGCAUGGAAGUGAGAGUCCAAGGUUUUUAAGCUGCUGUUGAUGAGAGUGGAGUGUGCAGCAGGUGUGCAUGCAGAGCUCCAGCACCAGGAAGCCACGCCUUCAAGGUCUCAUGCUCUCUGACACGCUCAACAACAUGUGAACCUAAAUAACUGGAAUUUAAAAUGUAUUUCUCCUUUGCCAGUUUAAUCAUGCGGGUAUAAAGAUUGCCAUUGUUUACAGGUGUGUAAUUUGUGAUAUUUACUUUAUUCCAAAUGUAUUCUGUGUGUCAUUCAUGCAUUAUACUGUACUUGGAAUUCUUCAAUAAAAAAAAUAUGUUGUAAA